CUCAGUAGUUUUUCUUCUUUCAUCUGAAUAAGUUCGGUCUUCACGUAAUUUCUUCGCUUUGAUAUUUCAAUAUUUUAUAAAAAUAGACUCACUAAAUAAUCACUCAUGGAAAAUAAAAGAAUUGAAAAAACAAUACCAACAAACCAUUAAAUCUUCAAAAUCAAUAUGAAUUUGAAAAAUAUACUCAUUCAAUUGAUCGUGUUCAUUGGUUUAGAAUUGAAGUCAGUCUUUUCGGGUGGAAUAAGAAUUGGUCUGAUAUGCGAUCGAAAUGUUGCAGAAAUGCAAACGGUGUUUGAAACGGCGAUAGAAGUCGCCAACGCUAAUUUAGAAGUACCCCUGUUGUUUACAGAGAGCGAGGUUCCUUUUGGUGAUUCGUACGAAGCAUACAAAGUAAUGUGUGACAUGUUAAUGAUGGGUGUUGGUGGAAUCUUUGGACCUUCGUCAAAGAAUUCAGUGCUUCAUUUGAUGAGCUUCUGUGAUGCUAAGGAAAUACCAUUUAUGAGCUCAUACAUCGAUGUCGACUCGAGUAAAUCUGUGAUGAUAAACUUGCAUCCACAUCCAAGCGAUAUUGCAAGGGCCAUACAUGAUCUCAUUGAGGCUUACGAAUGGACUAGUUUGACAUUUCUUUAUGAGUCAGGUGACUAUCUGAAUAUACUAAAUGAAUUGAUUAGUUUAUACGAUUCUGGUGGACCAUACAUUACGGCUCGACGUUAUGAUUUACAAUUGAAUUUAAACUACAAAAGUAUCCUUCGAAGGGUGAGAAAAUCAGAUGACAGUUAUGUUGUGAUAGUUGGUUCAGUAGAAACAUUGCCAGAAGUUCUUAGACAAGCACAGCAAGUUGGCAUUAUAACAGAAGACUAUAGCUACAUUAUUGGAAGCAUGGACAUGCAAGCUAUUGAUUUGGAGGAAUUCAAGUAUAGUGAAGUUAACAUCACUACCUUCCGAAUGUUUUCUCCACAACAACCAGAAGUCAGAAAAUUAAUUACAGAACUUGGAUAUCCCGACGAUGAUGAGGAGAGAAAUAUAACAUGCCCAAUUACUAUUGAAAUGGCCCUACUCUAUGAUGCCAUACAAUUUUAUGCUGAAACAACAAAAACAAUGCGAUUCAAACCAGUUGCGAUGAACUGCUCAGAUAAGAACAAUUAUUGGGAUAAAGGUUCUUCUAUUGGAAAUUACUUGCGUUUGACCGUUGCACAGGGUCUUACCGGUAACAUUUACUUGGAGAAUGGUGUCCGUUCGCAUUAUAACCUAGAACUUGUUGAAUUGACAUCGACGGGCCUUCAAAAAAUUGGGGAUUGGGAUUCGGAUAAGGGUUUAAGUAUAAAUCGUUUUACCCCAGAGGAACCAAUUUUGGAAUCAGAUUCAUUAUCUUUGGUUAAUAAAAGUUUAAUUGUUCUCCUUGCAAUGAAUGCACCACAUGUAACGUUGAAACAAUCGACUAUGAAACUUUCAGGAAAUAAUCGCUAUGAAGGAUUUGGAGUUGAACUUAUUCAGCGAUUAGCUGAGAAAUUGGGCUUUAACUUUACUUUCCAUAUGCAUAAAGAUGGCAACUAUGGCUCAUUUAAUUCCACAAGUAAUAUAUCAACAGGAAUGGUGCGCGAGAUUAUGGAAGGGAGAGCAGAUCUGGGAAUUACUGAUUUGACAAUAACAUCUGAACGCGAAGCUGGUGUUGACUUUACUAUUCCGUUUAUGAAUUUAGGAAUUUCAAUUUUAUAUCAAAAACCACGUAAGGCCGAUCCAAAAUUGUUUUCCUUCAUGGACCCGUUUUCAGGAAAGGUAUGGCUUUGGCUGGGUAUAUCGUUUUUUGGCGUAUCAUUGGCCUUUUUCAUUUUGGGUCGAAUCGCACCUGGCGAGUGGGACAAUCCGUAUCCCUGUAUUGAGGAACCGGAAGAGUUGGAAAACCAACUGAGUAUGGGAAACUCUAUUUGGUUUGCAACUGGAGCACUCCUACAACAGGGUAGUGAAAUUGCUCCGAAAGCCUUAUCAACUAGACUUCUUGCUUCUAUUUGGUGGUUUUUCACUCUGAUUUUGGUGGCAUCUUAUACCGCUAAUUUAGCAGCGUGUCUUACUUUUGAAAAUCCUACAAGUGUUAUUGAUGAUGUUAAAGAUUUGGCUGAAAAUAAAGGUGGAGUCCAGUAUGGAGCUAAGAGCAGUGGUAGUACCAGGACGUUCUUUAAAAAUUCUGAAGAUGAGACUUAUAUGUUAAUGAAUAAUUACAUGAAUCAAAAUCCAUCUUUGUUGACAAGUACAAACGAUGAAGGAGUCGAAAGGGUUCUAACCGAAAACUAUGCCUUCUUAAUGGAAUCCACAUCAAUAGAAUACAAUGUAGCCCGAAUAUGUAAUCUUACACAAAUCGGAGGAUUGUUGGAUGAAAAAGGCUAUGGUAUCGCUAUGAGAAAAAAUUGGCCUUAUCGGGACAAACUUAAUAAUGCUCUGCUCGAGUUACAAGAAUCAGGCGUUUUAGCUAAGAUGAAGUCGAAAUGGUGGUUUGAACUUGGAACCGGAAGUUGCACUAAAAAAACGGAACAAUCUGAAGCAACUGAAAUGGGAAUGCCAAACUUAGGAGGUGUUUACUUUGUACUUCUAAUUGGAAGUUCUAUAGCUGCAGCCUGUGGAUUGAUUGACUGGCUUUUCUUUGUAUUAAGAAAAGCAAGACGCUAUAAGGUUCGCUUUAUGGAUGCAUUAAAGGAAGAGUUUCAAAUUGUCAUAGAUUUUUCCAACAACACCAAAAUCGUUUGCAGUACAGGAUCUAUAUAUUCGAGAAAUUCUUCCCUAACAAUUGACUCGAAUGAACUCAAUACAUAAAUAAAUCAAACAAAAUUACUAUAAUUAA